AUGCCAUCGCGUGGCUCCCCGUCUCCCGGUCACCAACAAGGGACAAAACGGCAGCGACAAUCCUCUUACGACGCCGCCUCGGAUCGCAACAGCCAAACAAGCCCGAGCGAGCAGCUCGCCGGUGAUGCGAGCCAGUCAGCUGCCGGCGCCGCGAAUGCUGCGAAUGCCGCCUCUGCAAAGGGUGGCCAAAGCAGCAACUUUCGCAAUGUGAGCGCCUGCAACCGGUGCCGGCUACGCAAGAAUCGAUGCGACCAGAAAUUGCCCAGCUGUGCGAGCUGUGCCAAGGCCGGUGUUGCCUGUGUUGGUUAUGACCCUAUUACUAAGAAAGAGAUUCCCAGAAGCUAUGUCUUCUACUUGGAAACUCGAGUGGAGCAGCUCGAGAAGCUGCUCGUCGCCAACAACAUUUCUUUCCCACCCGCAGAGAAUCUCGAGCUGUGUUCGCGGCCCUCGGCUGAUGCUGCGAGCACCGUGUCUGCAACGGAUAGUGGUUACUCGGGCCAGUCUGAGUCUGGUGACCGCGCACAUCCCAGACAGCACCACGCGUUGGAGGCGCUAAAGGCAAAGAAGGCGGCUCCUCAGAGCCCAGCAUUGGCCAGCAUCAUCAGCCCACCAAAGGCUAGAUCUCUUGCCUCGGCAUCUGGCGUCUCUUUUGCGCGCGUCGUCUUUGCUGCCGUUCAAUAUUCCGUAUCCGAGCAGACGGGCUCCACAGAGCGUAGCGCGGGCCGUAAACAAAGUGUCAGCGGUGCCUCUGCUUCCAUGAGAGAUUCCUUCUUCGGCCUUCAUACUCGGCCUACGAUCCAGCCGGCACCUUUCCCCAAGAAGGAGGAGGGUUUGCGCCUGGCUACAUUGUACUUUGAGCAUGCUAAUCCUCAAAUUCCGGUCCUUCAUCGCGUAGAGUUUAUGCAGACGUUUGAAAAGGCUUACAAGAAUGCCUCAAAGGGACUGACUGCUCGCGAGCUGUACAUGAUCAACAUGGUGUUUGCCAUCGGAUCUGGUGUUAUUCUUGGGGAGCCGGUGAGGACCUCUGCGCCGGAAAAUCCCAGAUUGUCACUUGAUCAGGCUAAAGGCACCUGCCAACCAGAAGAGUACCAUGCUAGUGCCAUCGUACAUCUGGAGGAAUGCCUGAGCACAAGUGGUGGCUACUUGGAGGUCCUUCAGGCCGUAUUGCUGCUUGCCAACUUUGCGUUGUUGCGACCUGUGCCACCUGGACUAUGGUACAUUACUGGAGUGGCUGUACGGCUGGCUGUAGAUCUGGGUCUUCACCAUGAGGAUGGAGAUGUCGAUGCAAUUCCACCCGAACCUACCGCCGAUCCCCAUGCUGCUCAGGCUGCUGAGAUUCGCGAGGGCAGUGCUCAAGACCGUGGCCGACGACAUUGGAUUCGUGACUUGCGACGACGACUGUGGUGGUGCACAUACACCUUUGAUCGACUAGUCAGCACGUGCGUUGGUCGACCAUUCGGUGUCAGCGACGAAAUCAUCACAACUGAGCUACCGUCGCUCCUUGACGACGAAUACAUCACCCGGAAUGGCUUCUUAGAACCCCCAGAAGGCGAUGACCACCCCAGCUACAAGCAUGUGGCGCACCAUUACUUCCGCCUGCGACUACUCCAAUCUGAGAUUCUGCAAGUUCUGCAGUACAACCAGGCACAAAUAGCACGGGCAUCAAACGGCAACCAGGCCAAGCUGUACCCGGAAAUGCGGUCUCAUCUGCCUUCGCCCUUCCUAGUGCACUUUGACUCAUUCCGAUCAUGGCGCAUGGAUAUCGAUAGAAGGUUAUAUUUGUGGAAGAUGUCUGCACCAACGAGAGAAGAGACUGGAGUGGCAUUCUCAACCGAAUUCCUCGAACUCAACUACUGGCAGGCUAUCAUCCUGCUCUAUAGACAAAGCUUAAGCGUGCCAGCCAUGUUUGAAGGGGAGUACAACACUUCUGAUGAGGUCAACAGCCCAACGGCCUUUACUGCGGAACUACGUGAGGAUGAGGACCGCAUCUAUCUCAAAGUUGCAGAGGCUGGACAAAAGAUCUUGCGCAUUUACCGGCAGCUUCAUCUCAGCGGGUUGAACAUGGAAGAAGUCGAUUUUACAGUUUUAGCCGCUAAGUCGGUCUUUUCCGACAUGAUCGACAAGUGCCCGCCGGCUGAGACAUGUCGGGAUGCCUUUGAGCGAACAGCCAAGGCAACAAUCAAGAUGGCUUGCUCCAGUGGUGGGUUCGGCCAGCCCCAACCGUCGCGGCGACAGCGCAGGGAAACGAUGCCGUGGACAAGUGUCCAGGACGGCUCGUCCAUGAAGCCUCGGGCCCGCGCUCAUAGUCAUCGCCAAUCAGAGGCCGCGCCUUUUCAGUUCGACCUAUCGUUGUCAGACGGCUUAUCGUCUCCCAGCAUGUCCAACGCUGGAGAUAUGGCCGCUCAGCAUACUCCCCCACUCGGAAAGACUAAAACCUACGAUAGCGAUGCAUUCAUGAGUGGCCAGAGUGCAGCUCGUAGUGGCCCUAGCCCCAGCGAUGCAAUGAGCCAGGAUGACGGAGGAUCCUCUAUUGACCCGUCUCUGGUGCCGUCGACUCCCACGACACGACGUAGUGCGCCGCAGCAUGGAGCGUCCGGCGCUUCCUUCCUAGGGCAGCAAUUUGGUCUGCAAGGAUCAAUGGACUACCCGGACGCACAAACCAUGGAGUUUCUGAACAACCUGGUUGCAACUCCGAAUGGCGAUAUAAACGGCGUCGAUCAGGCACACAUGGAUCUGGGGUUCGGGAUGAACUGGGAUGGCAUGCAUAACGAGUUCGGGGAAGGACAGCAAAUCAAUCCAUUUGAUACCUUUUUUUUCGGUGGCCAGCAGGGCAGCGGAGGCGUUGGCAACAACAACGACGACGAUGAAAACAACAAUGACAGCAGCAACGGCAAUAGCAACAGCAGGAACAACAAUUGA